AUGACACCGAUCAACACUGCAAUAAGACCAACGAUCAUCGAACCACCUGCAAUUGCUCCCAGAGCUUGUUUACAGUUGAGUCCGUAUGCCAAAGCAGAGGCACCCAUCGACCAUCCUGGAAUACCCAUUCCUGCAACAGCCCAAUACCCAAAAUAUGACAAAGACGUCCAAGUUUGUCUGUCUUUUGGAAUCGGAAUCAGGUCUCUGUUUGUCCAUCUAUCGUUCUCGUACUCUGAGUCCUCGUCUUUUGGAACCGCUAAAAGUUCCGACAUUGGAAGGUGUUCCGGAUUUCUAAUCACUCUGACAAUCCAUGGAUCGUUGAAAGGGUUGGGAAUACCCAAGUCGUGUAGCUUCCAGUCUUGA